ACCAAAAUGUCCGUUACGGCUUUACACGACUGGCCGUACACAGUAGGCAGSGGAUUGUUUGCGGACCUCCAAAAUACCAUAGAAGAAGAAGAAACGGAUAUGGAGGAGUCAACACAGAGUCUUCAAUAACAACGAACAGUCCAAAAACCUAUGAGCCUUUCAGUACCACUGACCCGAUGUAUACCGUUUCAACUGUUGCAUUGGAUACUUUUGCAACUGCUUCUGCUGAAACUGUCACUCAAGAUGGUGUUUCCACGGUAACCACGGACCAGGCUCCAUCAUCUGAAGCCACCACCGAGCCAGUCAUUGAAACAGUCCCACCUCCUGUUGAAACUACUGCCAAAACAAGUCUAACUCCAAAAGUGUGUUUAUGUGAUUUGACCCCAGACUUCUGUGAUAUUGGCUGCUGCUGUGACAUUGUGGACUGUGACAUCCCUGACUUGAGCUCUGUCUUCAAUGGAUGUUUAGAUGAAGUCAUAUAUGGUGAAUGCAUUGAGAGCUGGUUGAUAUUCAGAGUCAAUGUGGAUCCUUCAUGCGUCACUGUCACAAACAAAUUUGUCUGCAUUCGACCAAAAGAGGAUAAUACUACAGUUUCACAGAUCCUUCCAGCUCUUGCUAAUACACCAUUGGACUCCUCCUACCACUUCUCUUGGAAGGGAUCUGCAACUUAUAGUACCCACACCAAAGAUUUCUACAGGGUUGAUGACACAAUCAUGUCCCAUUUCAACAGCUCCUCCAUUCGUGGGGUCCUUCGACAGCCUUCACCAGGGGCCGCCACGUCUUCCUGUGUCGAGCGUAACCCUGCCAGGUUCCUGCGAUCUAUUUCUCUCUCUUGCACCCGCACACUGACCCCCCUAUCCUGUGCCACAGACCCCAGUCUCAAUGCACAGUCCUACUUCCAUGACAUCAGCCUGCUCAAGAUUCCAGUCCGUGAGAGUAUUCAGAUAUUACCAGAUAAUCUGAUCCCAGUCACUCCAGUAGUUGGCCAUGGUUGGCCUAAACCGAGAGAACAAAAUGGUUCCUGUCUCAAUGUGGUGUCAAAGGUGGACUAUCUUAUAUGGUACACAAUUAUAGGGGAGAUCGCUAUGGCAACGGUAAACAUGGUCUUGGUAGACACUGACUCCAAUACGAAUCUGUUGCAGAAGCACACUGUCCGUUUCCAGUUAUCCACGCCCCCUCCUACUCCUGAACCAACCCCUGUGGUGGGACUAACAAUGGGGACUCCUGUGAUUGGUCAGUUUGGCGAAGCAGUCCAACCUCUAACUCUUCUGGGUGUGUCACUGGGGGGAGAGUGCUCUAUUAACCCCAGCAGCCGCAUGCCCAUCCUUUUCACUCACAACASCAUCACAGGCUGUACCUUCAGUUCUCCCUUGAGUAACUGCUCUAAGCUGCGCUCCCAGCUCUAUAGGGUCCUCCGGGGGGUUGCCACACCCAACCUGGUUGCCAUGACUGUGGGKUCACAACCAGACUGGGCAAGAGUCAUCACACAGGCAUGCUCUGUGACGCCACAGGAGUCGUGUGAGUCCGGGUGUCUCCUCCCCCACUCCCUGUCAGUCCAGGUGCUGUGGGCUCAGACAGGUCUCCUGGCCUUUCCCCAGAACUACAUCCUAGGGGCCAAAUACCUCUUCCAUUGUCARAAGGUCAAGUGUCCCCUCGUCUCGCCUUUUGUUGUGACCAUGGAAGUGAUGUUUGUUGACACUACAGUCUACCCAGAACCCCCCAGGGGAACGCCACAGCCCAAGUGGAAAUUUCCGUUUGACUUCUUCUCCAGAGGGACAGGCGAGCUGGAUGGACAGACUGUCACCACCAACAGUAGUGACCUCAAAAAGGUCACAUGGGAUAUAAUGUUGGUUGCACUACUACUGUUGUGCUGGUUUCACUAAAAUGUUUGUUACAGAACUAGAAAUGUUCACUCGAUAAUCAAUUUAGCUUGCAUGUUGUAUUUUUGUUACUGUUUGUGRGGCUGAAUAGAUGAAAUUAGUGAAAUUGGGCACAAUUGUUUGGUUUGAAAUCUCAGGUCAUUUUAAAUUAAAGUGAUGAUUUCCUAAACUA